GAAAUGUGCUGUACAAAUAAACUUGCCUUGCCUUGCUUUGCCUUCUGCUGCACUGUGCACUUUGUACUGUAUGUUUGAGCAGCACAUGUUCAUGUCCAGACAGAAACAGAGGUGGGUGGAGGGAUGAAAGUGAAAGUAACAGACUGGUGGAUUUCAGUCACAUGAUUCAUGAACCAAACUGAUAAAGGUGAGAGGAAACUGUGGGUAAAGAGUCAGUAACCUGUUGGCUCCACUGCUGCAGAACUACGACAGCAGAAGAAGAAUGAUCGAUCAAUGCAUAUUUUGGGCACUUCUUCUGUUUCCUCAUGUUCAUGGAUCUGAGCCGCCGCCUUCUCCCACUCUCAGUGAACCAUGGAGACAAAUAUCUUGGGGAGACAAAGAGACAGAUCUGCAGUAUGUGCAGAGUUACACGCCUGUAAACACUAACAAGGAAAUCAAACACCUCCGAGUUCUGCUGUACGGGCCGGUUGGAGCUGGAAAAUCCAGCUUCAUCAACUCUGUCAGCAACAUUGUACGACGCAGAAUGACCCAUCUAGCUACACCCAGUGCUUUCUUCUCUGAGAGGAGUUUCACCACAACAUAUGAAACUCAUAAAAUCAGAAGAGGAACCUCAAACAGCUUCUACCCGAUCGUCUUCAAUGACAUCAUGGGUCUGGAGGAGGGGACGGGACAAGGCGUCCAAGCUGAAGACAUCAAACUGGCCAUGAUGGGAUGUGUGAAGGAGGGUUACAAGUUCAACCCAGUAUCUGCACUGUCAGAGAGCGAUCCAGGAUACAACCCGUCCCCCUCUCCAGAUGAUCAAGUCCAUGUUCUGGUUUGCAUCCUCUCUGCUAACACAGCAGAGAUUAAAGAGUCAGUUUUACAGAAGAUGAGGGGCGUCAGAGAGGCAGCCAGAGACCUGGGGAUUCCUCAGAUGAUGAUGAUCACAAAGAUCGAUGAGGCCUGUGCUGAAACUGACAAGAAUCUGAGGAAUGUUUAUAAGAGCAAAUACCUGAAGAAAAAGAUGAAAGAUUUCAGCUCAGCAGUCGGCAUCCCGAUGAACUACAUCUUUCCUAUGAGGAACUACAGAGAUGAAAUCGACCUCAACGAUGAUGUGGACACUCUGAUCCUCAGCGCUCUGAGACACAUGAUCAACUUUGGAGACGACUUCAUCGACAAAAUGAAUUCCUCAGAUCACCAGUACCACGAGGAGCGGUGGUGGAAUUUGAUAUGGGAUUGGAUAUGGAAUUGCAUACACGGUUGUAUACGGUCGUUUGGUAUCUUGAUGACUCUGCUUUUGGGGUUCGGUAUCUUGAUCAUGAUGAGAUCUCAUUGAUGACAUUUCAGGUGUUUCACUUUCCAUUAGAUAAAGGGGUUCAGUUCAUCUGGAUAAAUGCUGGUUUGUUUACAACCUGUCUGAUCUUGUUUCUCUGUUGGACCUUUUUUAACAAUGUUUGCUGCAUUCCCAGAACUCAGGAAUGAACUUGGUGAGUGCAGCAUUGUUAUCACCUCUGGACUGAGAUAAGGAAGUUCAAUCCAAACUGUAGUUUUCCUUUAAGCUAUUAGCUGUUAGCUUGUUGCUAUGGUAACCUGUGCUUUAACAUGGCAGUGCUUAAACUGUUGAUCAGAGCUACAUUUGAAGUGUCCACAUAUGAUUCUAACAGACACCUUCCAGCCAAUCAGAGAGCAGGAAUUCCUGUGGUCACGGUAUAAAUAUGAAGACGUAACUGUGAAGUAUCACUUUAAACAGACGUUUUAGGUCUUUCUCUUUUAUUUUUAU